AUGGAAGAUUUGCAAAUUGGACCCUUUGAGCCUAUGAUUGAAGGCAUUCUAGAUGGGAUCUGGAGUGUUACAGAAGAUGUUGAAGGAAAUGUAUACGCAGUCUGCCAAACAGGCUACGUUUAUUCCAUAGUCGAUCGGCAAUGUCAAGAGCUCUACUACACUGGUGGGCAGCCAAACUCCUUAUGCUUUGAUGGAAACAAUACCGCUUACAUCGCAGAUAUGGCCCAUCAACGAGUUUUAUGUCACACUGACAACGAGGGGAAACAAGAAGUAACUGAAAUUGUCAAAGAUUAUGAAGGAAAACCUUUAUUAGGUCCAAAUAGCUUACUCUUUUAGCAAUUUAAUAUAUUUUUUAAGCAUUUUUCGUAGAAAAAAUAGGAUUUUUCUAAUGGUUUUGCUGAGAAAAGUUAGCAUUAAGCGAACAAAACAACUAUUUAUACUUCACUGACAGUGGACCAAUAGGAGAAACCUCAAUAGCUUCCCCAUCUGGCAGCAUUUUUGCAGCAGAUCUAGAACUUUUGGUCUUAAAACCUUUAGCACUCAAUUGUUUAGCUCACCCUACAGGAAUUGCAAUAAGCUCAGACGGGAAAACUAUUUUUGUGGCAGAAAUGUAUAGAAAUAGGAUAUUGAGGCUGAGCCAGAACCCAAGUGGUGUACAUCAUAUGAGUGUUUUUUAUCAAUUUUCAGGAAGAUUAGGACCUUCUGCAUUAGCGAUUAGCGAAAAUGGGCUUCUUUAUGUUGCAAAUUAUGAUUUUGCGGAUUAUUCGAGAAAUGGACUGAUAUCAAUCCUUAAUAUGGAAGGACAAUUGCUGAAUACAGUCACUGUCCCGAAUGCUCCUGAAAUCACUGGGCUUUAUUUUUCAAAAACAAAGCCUGGAAUUCUUUAUAUAACUGAAUCAACCACAGCAACAGCUUAUAGAGUGACUGUUCCUAGCGACCACGCAUAA